CCACAAUCCCCACCUCUUUGCCUGGGAUUUAAAGGAGCCGGGAGCUGUUCAGGGAACUCAGAGCUGAGAUUCAGCCACAAUCCUGCAGCUUCGGAGAAAGUCAUUGGAGGGAUACAGAAGAGGAGAGGGCUUAAAGGAAAUCAGAGAAAGUAAGCUUGAAAAUGACUGGCAAAUUCUUUGGAUUUUUGCUAAUAUGUGGAGUAGUUUCUCUCUCCAGCCAGGGUUUUCACAACCGUUUUAAAAGAGGAGCCAGAUCCUACAGAGUUACCUGCAAAGAUGAAAAAACCCAGAUGAUUUACCAGCAAAAGCAAUCAUGGCUGCGCCCAGGGCUCAGAGGCAACCGAGUAGAAUAUUGCAGGUGUGAUAGUGGCUUCAUUCGGUGUCACAGUGUACCUGUCCAAAAUUGCAGUGAACCUAGAUGCUUCAAUGGGGGGACUUGCAAGCAGGCGUUGUAUUUCCCAGAUUUUAUCUGCCACUGUCCUAGAGGUUUUGCAGGAAAACAAUGUGAAAUAGAUUCUAAUUCACUGUGCUAUGAAGACUCGGGUUUCACCUAUAGGGGGACGUGGAGCACAAGUGAAAGUGGAGCGGAGUGUGUAAACUGGAACAUGAGUGCAAUUCACUCCAAACCAUAUAAUGGCCGGAGACCAGAUGCCCUUAAGUUGGGACUUGGGAACCACAACUACUGUAGGAAUCCAGACCAAGACUCCAAGCCCUGGUGCUACGUUUUCAAGAAAGGAUUUUACACCUGGGAGUACUGUAGCAUCUCAUUGUGCUCAAAAAGUGCCACUGAAGAUUGCUAUUCUGGAAAUGGCACAGAUUAUCGGGGCACUCAGGGAAAAACAGUAUCAGGCACUCCCUGUCUCAAGUGGAAUUCCUCACGUUUGAAAAGCAAACUUUACACAGCAUGGAAGAAGAAUGCUCGUGACCUGGGCCUGGGCAAUCAUAAUUUUUGCCGGAAUCCUGAUGGUGACACCAAACCCUGGUGCCAUGUGUUACGGGGUAGCCAGCUGACAUGGGAAUUCUGUGAUGUGCCCAAAUGCUCUACUUGCGGCCUGCGGCAAUAUAAAGAAAGCCAGUUUCGAAUUAAAGGAGGCCUCUACACUGACAUCACCUCUCAUCCUUGGCAGGCUGCCAUCAGGGCCAUAAACCGGAGAUCCCCUGGGACAACACGUUUUCUGUGUGGAGGAAUACUGAUUGACUCCUGCUGGGUUCUCUCUGCAGCUCACUGCUUUCAGGAGACGUUGAAAGCUCAUGACCUUAAGGUGGUUCUAGGCAGGACCUCCCGGGAGGAUAAAGAAGAGAAUGAACAAGAGUUUGAAGUAGAAAAAUACAUCAUCCAUGAAAAAUUUGUUCCUGCCACUUUUGACAAUGAUAUUGCGCUCUUGCAGCUCAGAUCCAACUCUGGGUCACUACAAUGUGCCCAGGAAACCGCCUCGGUCCGCACGGUCUGCCUUCCCGAGGCAGGACUGCAGCUGCCCACCUGGACAGAAUGUGAGCUGUCGGGUUACGGCAAACACGAGGAGACGUCUCCCUACUACUCUGAGAGGCUAAAGGAGGCUCACGUUCGGCUCUACCCGGCCAGCCGCUGCACGCCCCGUCAGCUGUCCAAUAAGAUAGUCACCGAAAACAUGCUGUGCGCCGGGGACACGAGAAGCGGAGGGGAGAAUGUCAACCUGCACGACGCCUGCCAGGGUGACUCGGGAGGUCCUCUCGUGUGUAUGAAGGAUGACCGCAUGCAUCUGAUUGGCAUCGUCAGCUGGGGCAUAGGAUGCGGAGAGAAAGACGUUCCGGGCGUCUACACCAAGGUCAUCAAUUACCUCAAGUGGAUCGAGGACAAGAGGAGGCUAUGAACCCUUGAAAACCAACCGUCCUCGGAGCUAAGGGGCUCCCAGCUCCUUCCCUCUCAGACAAGCCCGAACAGACUGAGAGGUCGUUCAAUCCGAUUUCUCCAUAAACUGUCCCACGGGGGAAAUGGGAGAGGAAGAAGGAGAAGGAGGGAGCGCGCAUCUCUUUGUAAGGUACUUUUCCACUUUGGAAGUUCUCAGGAUUUUGGUUUUAAUUUGCACUGGGUCAGGUGGAAACACAGAAAGAUGAGUAGCGCUCGCCCUGGGGACGUACCACCCCCUAGGGUUGGACAGACAGACAGACAAGCAGAAAGGAUGAAGAAGAAAAAGCCGGAGCCCAAUCUGUGAUGACCGGUGGGCCAGAGCAGGGUUCUGGCUUUCUCAAUGACCAAAGCACCCCCCAAAACAGUUCUAAACUCGUGGCUUCUUUUCCCCAUUGGGAAACUGGUAACAUGGCGUCUGGGUACAGUGUAAAUCUUUCAUUGUGUUAUGACUUUUUAAUCUGCGUUUGUUUAGUUAGGCAGAAUUUGUAUCAUUUUAGGGCCUGAUCUCUUGUGCAUAUUUAGAGCUGUCUGCCUCUGCUACCGACACAGCUCUGUGCUACACUCCUCCAAUAUAAUAAAGAUAUAUUUUUCACAUUGUUGACAAA